AUGGCAGCUCCCUGUGUGGCUCUGACGUGGGCGUGUGUGCUGCUGGCGGUGCUGCUGCUGCUGGGCGUGUGGAAGCGCUGGCGGCGGCAGCGGUCCGCAGCCCGGCACGUGGCCGUCGUGGUGCUAGGCGACUUGGGCCGCAGCCCGCGCAUGCAGUACCACGCGCUGUCGCUGGCUCAGUGCGGUUUCUCCGUGUCCUUCGUGGGGUUUUACAACUCUAAACUCCGUGAUGAGCUUCUGCAGAAUGACAGAAUUGGGAUCGUGGAGUUGACAGAACUCCAGAUGUUUGCAGCCGGGCCCCGCGUUCUCCAGUACGGAGUCAAGGUUGUCACGCAGGCAUUGCAGCUGUUCUGGGCUUUUGUGAAGAUGGAACCUGCAGACUACAUCUUCCUCCAGAACCCCCCGGGUCUGCCUGGCAUCGCUGUCUGCUGGCUCGUGUGUUGUCUUUGUGGCGGCAAGCUUGUCAUCGACUGGCACAACUACGGCUACUCCAUCAUGGGGCUGGUGCAUGGCCCAACCCACCCCCUCGUUCAGCUGGCCAAGUGGUGUGAGAGGCUCUGUGGGCACCUGUCGCACCUGAACUUGUGUGUGACUGAUGCAAUGAAGGAAGACUUGGCCCAGAGCUGGAGCAUCAGCUCAGAGCCUUUGGACCCAGCCAUGGAAUGGUCGGCCUUCACGGAGCGGGAUGCUAGGAGUGGCCUGGUGAUGCAGCGGCCGGGGCGGCCAGCCCUGUUGGUCAGCAGCACGAGCUGGACAGAAGACGAAGACUUCUCUGUUCUGCUGGAAGCAUUAGAAAAGUUUGAACAACUGACUGUUGAUGGAGAAAACCUUCCUUCUCUUAUCUGUGUGAUAACAGGCAAAGGCCCGCUGAAGGAACACUACAACGGCAUCAUUAGCCAGAAGCGUUUCCGGCACGUCCGCAUCUGCACCCCGUGGCUGGAGGCCGAGGACUACCCCCUGCUCCUGGGGUCGGCGGACCUGGGUGUCUGUCUGCACAAGUCUUCCAGCGGCCUGGACCUGCCCAUGAAGGUCGUGGACAUGUUUGGGUGCUGCUUGCCCGUGUGUGCGGUGCACUUCCGCUGUUUGCAUGAGCUCGUGAAGCAUGAGGAGAACGGCCUGGUCUUCAAGGACGCCGAGGAGCUGGCCGCCCAGCUGAAGACACUUUUCUCAAAGUUUCCCGAUCCUGCUGGCAAGCUGAACCAGUUCCGGACGAACCUCCGAGAGUCCAGGCAGCUUCGCUGGCACGAGAGCUGGAAGCAGACUGUGUUCCCCUUGCUCGUGGACACGUGA